GCGCGGAAGUGCGGGGACGGGGGGGGACGUGGAGCCGCUGUGGCGGAGCGGGAGCCCCCCCCCCCAUCCUGUCUCAGCUGAUCCAGAUCCUGAGUCAUCGUCCCCGGCGGGGGGGGGUGUCUCUGCCGGGAGUGGGGGGCUUCCCCCUGCUUCCUGCACACCCCAGCUGGCCCCCCCCCCCCAAAUCUGGUUCACCCCCAAAAUGAAAUAGGACCCCUUGCUCUGCGCGGGGUGGGCCAGUGCUGAAUGGCCCCCCUGCUAAGAUGCUGGCCCCCCCCUGAAGCAAAGCGGACCCCGACGUUGCCCAGACUGGGGGGGAUCCCGCCAUGGGGGACGCGGAGGAGAGGCUGGUUUGGGGGACAGAUGGAGGGGACGGACGUCAGACGCCUCCCGGGCAGUUGGAGGUCUCCCCGGGGGGGGAUGAGGCGGGGGCGGCAGUUUCGGGGGGAGCAUGUGACGGUGAGGACCCCAGGACACCCCCAAAAGUGGUAGGAGAGGAGGAGGAGGAGGAGGAAGAGCUGGACCCCAGGAUACAGGAGGAGCUGGAGCAUCUCAACCAGGCCAACGAGGAGAUCAACCGGGUGGAGCUCCAGCUGGACGACGCCCGCACCGCGUAUCGCCGGAUCCUCUCCGAAUCCGCGCGGAAGCUCAACGCCCAGGGUUCCCAGUUGGGCAACUGCAUCGAAAAAGCUCGACCUUACUACGAAGCCCGACGCUUGGCCAAGGAGGCUCAGCAGGAGACGCAGAAAGCGGCGCUGAGGUACGAGCGAGCCGUCAGCAUGCACAACGCCGCUCGCGAGAUGGUUUUCGUGGCCGAGCAGGGGGUCAUGGCCGACAAGAACCGUUUGGAUCCCACCUGGCAGGAGAUGCUCAACCACGCUACUUGUAAAGUUAACGAGGCGGAGGAGGAGCGGCUGCGGAGCGAGCGGGAGCAUCAGCGCGUGACCCAGCUGUGUCAGCAAGCGGAGGCCAAGGUCCAGGCCCUCCAGAAGUCCCUCAAGCGCGUCAUCGUUAAGAGCAAACCUUAUUUCGAGCUGAAAGCCCAGUUCAACCAGAUCCUCGAGGAGCACAAGGCCAAGGUGACGGCGUUGGAACGGUUGGUGUCACAAGCCAAAACUCGUUACUCGGUGGCCUUGCGUAACCUGGAGCAGAUCAGCGAACAGAUCCACGCUCGACGUCUCCAACGCCUCAUCGUAUGCCGAGCUUCGCCUGUGGGAGCCGAAGCCAGUCCCCAACACGCCGGUGCUGAGGUGGGGGUGACAGGAGGGACACAUUUGGGGGCCGAGUGUCCCCCGGCCGACACUCUUUCGGUUCUCAGCCUCCAGACCAUCGCCUCCGACCUGCAGAAGUUCGACUCGGUCGAACAUUUAAUGGGCUUGUCGGACGCUACCAGCCUCAACAGCGACGAGCUGGAGGAGCGGGAGCAGCGCCGGGGUGGGCAGGGUCACUUCAAACAUCACCGAAGCAUCAGUCUUUAACCCCCCCCGUACCCCAAAAUCCUCUGCGCCCCCCCCCCCCCUGCUGUGGGGAACCCCAAAAGACAACUGGGGUUGGCGGGUGCCGCCGUUAUCCCCUGCGGAGGAUUGAUGGGGUGACGCUCGGAAGCUCCUCGUUGAUGGGUGACGUCGGCGGGGUGGGAGGGCAAAAUUUGGGGGGGGUUGUUGGGGGUUCCCCCGUCCGAAUUCGGUGGAGGGGUCGGUGAGAGCCGUGUCCCGUGGGGUCGCCCGUGCCCGGUGUUGGGCUGCUGAGUUGAGUCGCCCGUUGGGUGUCGGUAACGAGCGGCUGGGUGGGCGAAGCUGCUAACGAAGCCACGGCCCCUCCUCGGUGCAGGAGCUGCACCCCUAAAACACUCAAAGUCGGGGGGACACACACACACACACACAAAUCCCCCCCCGACUGUUCCCCUCUCACCCAAGCCCCCGCCCUAAAUUUCAGACGGUUAUUUGGGGUCAUUUUCCCCCUUUUCCAGCAAAAGAUGAGGCAGAAGCCGAAUUGCACUAACAGGACCGGGGGGGGGCCCCCCCCAGCCGUUUCGGGGUACGGGGUUUGGGGGGGGGGGGCUGUGAUGAGAACCACACCAGUUUGAGGCAGCCCCCAGGUCGGUUGGAGUGUUAUUUUCCAGUGAGUAAAAUUUAUUCCCUCCCA